CACUCCAAGCUGGAGAAGGCGGACAUCCUGGAGAUGACCGUCAAGCACCUGCGGAACCUGCAGCGGGCGCAGAUGACCGCUGCGCUCAGCGCCGACCCCACCGUCCUCGGCAAGUACCGGGCUGGAUUCAACGAGUGCAUGAACGAGGUGACGCGGUUCCUGUCCACCUGCGAAGGGGUGAACACCGACGUGCGUACCCGGCUCCUCAGUCACCUCUCGGCUUGCCUGGGCCAGAUCGUGGCCAUGAACUACCCGCCGCCGCCGGCCGGCCAGCCCGCACAUCUGGCGCAGCAGCCUCUGCACGUCCAGCUGCCCCCCGCAGUGGCCGGCGCUGUGCCCGUGCCCUGCAAACUGAACCCCGCCGAAGCCCUGUCCCCCAAGGUCUAUGGGGGCUUCCAGCUCGUCCCUGCUACCGACGGCCAGUUUGCUUUUCUCAUCCCGAACCCGGCCUUUCCUCCCAGCUCCGGACCCGUUAUUCCUCUGUACGCCAACGCCAACGUCCCGGUGUCCAGCGGUUCGGGGAAGGGGAACGCGGCCGCCACCCCGUCAGCAUCCCCGGUGCAGGGGUUGACAUCAUUUGGGGGCAGCAUCGUUCCAGCGUCCCAGGCGGGGAGUCCCAUCGGAGAGCGCAGUGAAUCGGUCUGGAGGCCUUGGUGA